AUGGAUACUUUGGACGCUCUGACUAAUACUUUAACGAAAUCAUUUAAGUGUUGGGAAUGCAAAAAAGAACUUAAAUCGGAAAACGGUCGAUUAUAUCAUUUUGUUCAACAGCAUGCUCGAGCUAUUUUAUCAAUUGAUGCUGAUCCAUCAAGUAGCCUUCAGAAACAGAUCCAGAAAGCAGAAGAUCUAUUGAAAACAACCACUAGUAACAGUACCACAGUAUAUGAUAAAUCAAUGCUUUCUACAAAUGCUAGAUUAUUAACAAAGCCCGUUAAUGAAACAGAGGCAAAACAAGACCAUAUAAAAAGUACCGAUUUGAAAAAUAAUCGUAUAGGUAAAACAAUAUUCUGUCUACAAUGCAAUAAAAAGUUCCGGUCCACUGGUAAAUUUAAAAAACAUAUCGAUGCGAAACAUUCUCGAAUUAAUUGUGAUACAACAACGUCUAAUAUAAGAAUUCUCCCAGACAGAACUUUACGUUUGAACGAACAAUUGCAAUCCGAGAAUGAUAUAAAUAUUAAUGCACAAAAUUCAUCUUCUUGUUCGCAAUAUUUAGAACAAAUAGAACCGACUAAUAAUUCUGUCCACCAGUUUACUGAUAAUCAUGUUGAAUUAGCUACUUCCUUACAUAGCUUACCAUCAAUUCCUUUUAUUAACAUAAAUUCAGCCUCAUCGUAUCAGAUAAAAAACACCGAACAAAUGAACUACUCCGCAAGUUUAUCAUGUAGAAGCUCAAAUUGUGUUGAGAUAUUCGAGUCAACAAGCAAUUAUGAUAAUAACUUGAAAACAAAAGGUAUUGAAAUUAAUUCAUCUAUAUCAACCAAGACGAUAGAUCAUGUAAACAUGAUGAAACAAAGUAAUGAUUGUAUUAGAACAUUUCCUUGUUGGCAAUGUGACAGGAAAUUCCAAUCCGUCAGCGAGCGUUUAGAUCAUUGCCUUCGUAAACACGCUAUCUACUUCCGAUCUAAAAUUUUGAAUUUAUUAGCAUAUGCGAAUAAUCGUGUAGAAGUUCCACAAUUUCUUGCAGAUAGUACUAAGGUUUCGAUAUCUUCUACAAAAAGAUCUUUUAGAAGUUGUCAAUGUAUGAAAAAAUGA